AAUACUCUUACCGGAGCCAAUCCAAAGAUAGCCAACGACCCGCAACCAAACUAAGCAAUAUUCUGGUAUCGAAUGGCCUCCCGAUUAGUUCUUUGCAUAGGAGAUCUCCAUAUCCCAGAUAGAGCUCCGGACAUUCCAGCCAAGUUCCGCAAACUUCUCUCCCCCGGAAAGAUCGGACAAAUCCUUUGCUUAGGGAACCUGACAGACAAAGAAACUUAUGAUUUCCUUCGAAGUGUGGCUCCAGAGUUACAGAUUGUCAAGGGCGAUUUCGACACGGAAGCUGCCAACCUUCCACUGUCGAAAGUCGUCACCCAUGGGAAUCUGCGUAUUGGGUUUACCCACGGCCAUACCAUUGUACCACAGGGCGAUAGUGAUUCAUUGCUAAUUGAAGCAAGGAGACUUGAUUGUGAUGUGCUGGUUUGGGGUGGUACCCAUCGAUUUGAGGCGUAUGAGCUUGAGGGGAGGUUCUUCAUUAACCCAGGAUCUGCAACUGGUGCCAUCUCUGGUGGGUGGGUUUCAACAGACGAGCCUAUUGUCCCCAGUUUCUGCUUGAUGGAUGUCCAAGGAAGUGUCCUUGUGCUCUAUGUCUACCAACUUCGGACAGACGAGAAGGGAGUCGAGAGCGUCGGGGUCGAGAAGGUCACAUUUAGGAAGAACGGCGAAGUCCCUUCAUAGCCGAACCGGGAAGUUCGGCAAGACGUUGAUAGUCUAAAUAUGUAUAUUUUUUCCGUCUUCAAUGGCGAUUGGGCUUCAUUUUCUUUCAUAUCAUGCUCCCUGGCAUUGCGAAUACAUGAGGUGCGAAUUGAUGGAUCUAGAGGGGUGGCAUGCUAGUUCUAGGGUAUUUGCCUUUCAUGAAUGCCAGGUUGGUUAUUGAGAAGAACAAGAGAAGCAUGAUACCUAAAAACGCACGCUCAAGAAAGGGACGCAAAAAA